UAUCCCCCGAAAUACGGCCGGUGGCCGCUCUCAUUCUUCUCUCUGCUAUUAUAACCAAUUAUAACGUGUGCAAAAUGUAUAAACUUCCGAAUUUAAAUGAUAAUGAUAAGGUUGUGCAAUGUCCUUUCAACAAAAAUCACAUCGUGUUUAAUUCGAGGAUUCAACGACACAUUGUGAAAUGCGAAAAGAAUUACGACUCAAAUUAUAGAGUCAUGUGUCCAUUUAAUGCAACUCAUCGUCUGAGCAAGUCAGAAAUUGCAGAACAUAUUGAAACAUGUUCCUCGAGGAAGAUUGUUGAAGCUAAUCAUAUUGAACAACAAAGUGAACCUGCUCUGUCGACAUGGAAAACAAAAUCUAAUAUGACCACAAGUACAUUGGAUGAUAGUUGGGAAGGACAAAUAGAGGAGAGUAUCUCAAGACCUGCAUACAUGGAUCAAAAUGAUGAAUCUAUAAGAGAUGAUAUGUCAGUUGUUAGCUCGUUAGGCAUUGGACGAGGUAGAAUAAUGGCUAGACUUAAUUAUGUUGAAAAACUUAAGUCUUUCAGGAAGGAUUAUAGAAGCUCUUGAACCAAUAUGAGAUUGAUGAAAAGACUCGUAGGGCAGCAACAUUUCUCUUAAAUUUCAUUUCUUAAAGCAAAACUUAUUUAGUUGUUAUUGAAUAUAUAAUAUUUUUCUACUAACAUUUUUAUUUUCACCAAAUAUCUUUUGAUACUAAAUUUUGUCUAUUAAAAUAAUUAAUUUGAAAAAGACUAUAUGUGAAAAAGAAUAUAUGUGUGUAUGUGUGGAAUCCUGCAAUUCAGUAGGCAUAUAUGUUAGGAUAAUGGCUACACAUAAUAUUAUUUACAAACCUAAGUUUUUCAAAAAGUAUUAUGAUUUUUAUAUUAGUAUGAGACUAGACUGAUGAAAAAAAUAUAAGAUAGCAGCUAUUUCAUCUCCAAAUAUUUUUUAUUUCUCAAGAUAAAAAUGAUUUAAUUGCCAUCAUUAAUUAUACUUAAACAUUCUUUUUAUGAACAAUUUUGUUGUUUCACCCAAAUACUUUCAUUUCGCAUUGAAUUUUGUUUAUUUCUAUAUUUUACAUCAAUCCUAAUAUUUACAAGUACCAUCUCAAAUAUUUCUUCACAUGAAUUAAUGAAUUAUACUAAUAUAUAUGCAGAGGACAUAUCAAAUAUAUUAUUACAAAUGUCAAUCAAACUGGAUGAACAUCUUUUUGAAUCUAUGUACAAAUAGCAAGCACAUUGUGAACUUCAAUACAUUUUUGUAUACCCCUUUUUUGUAUUCUUUUUUUUUUCAAUUUAAUCAAUUCACAUGGUGUACCAAAGAUUAUCAUAAUUCAUAUAAAUUAUAUAUAUAUAUAUAAUUUUAAAUACAAUGUAUUAAGAUUGUUAAAUUUUGUCAAGUCCGUUAUUUUAGACUGUGAUAGUGCCAAGAAGUAUAACAAAUAACAUGUAAUUUCACCACUGAAGAAUAGUCAUGUAUCAUCUAAAUCCAUUACCUAUAGAUUUAAGAUUAAAUGGUUUUAAUACUCAUGUUA